AUGAGUAGCAACACGCAGUUGAGUGGCAAGGUGGCGGUGAUCACUGGCGCUUCAGGCGGCAUCGGUGCAGCCAUCGCGCUGGAGCUUGCGACGGCAGGUGCAAAGGUCGCUCUUGGGGCUCGACGUCUGGAGGCGCUGGAGAUAGUCAAGGCGAGCAUCGAGCAGAAGCUUGGAGCCAACGGCAACGUCCUCAUCGUGCAGACAGAUGUCACCAAACGUGAGGCGGUGCAAAACCUCGUGACCAAAGCGGAAGAUACUUUUGGAGCUGUCGAUAUCCUCGUCAACAACGCCGGUGUGAUGCCCUUUGAGCUCUUGAAAAAUGUGAACCAGGACAGCUGGGAACGGACGAUCGACAUCAACUGCAAGGGAACACUCAACGGUGUGGCGGCUGUGCUACCAAACAUGUUGGCUCGUAAGAGCGGCCACAUUGUCAACAUCUCGUCGGACGCUGGACGCAAGGUGUUCCCUGGAUUGGGCGUUUAUUCGGCGUCCAAGAUGUUCGUCGAGGGCAUUUCGCAAGCUUUGCGUCUUGAGAACGUCGGUAGUGGACUCCGUGUGACGUCCAUUCAGCCUGGUAACGUCGCCACGGAUCUGGUCAAGCACGCGAAUGCUGCCAGUGGCGUGGAUGAAGAGGCCAUGAAGCUGUACGGGGGGCCAUCCGAGUGCGAGGUUCUCAAACCGGAAGAUAUCGGUCGAGCUGUGCUGUAUGCUGUCACACAGCCGCCAUACGUGGCUGUGAACGAGAUUCUGGUGGAGCCGCGCGAUGAACCCAUUUAG